UUCUUUUUUACGUUCGCAGGGUUCAGACGGCGUAUUUCAUUUUCAGUUGUUCGGAAAUCUUUUAUUUAAGCAUCAAUCAUGAGGGAGUGCAUUUCUAUCCACGUCGGCCAAGCCGGAGUUCAAAUCGGCAAUGCUUGCUGGGAAUUGUACUGUCUGGAACACGGCAUACUUCCCGAUGGCCAAAUGCCAUCUGACAAAAGUCUCGGCGGUGGCGACGAUUCUUUCAAUACGUUUUUCAGCGAAACGGGUGCUGGCAAACAUGUUCCCCGCGCAGUGUUCGUCGAUUUAGAGCCUACCGUCGUGGGAUUUUUGGUUUUCCAUUCCUUCGGCGGUGGCACUGGGUCUGGAUUUACCUCUUUGUUGAUGGAAAGAUUGUCCGUCGACUAUGGCAAGAAGUCCAAACUCGAGUUUUCCAUCUACCCGGCCCCACAGGUGUCAACUGCUGUUGUGGAGCCUUACAAUUCCAUCUUGACGACACAUACAACCUUGGAACAUUCGGAUUGCGCCUUCAUGGUCGACAAUGAAGCCAUUUAUGACAUAUGUCGCCGCAACUUGGACGUCGAACGUCCGUCCUACACGAACUUGAAUCGAAUGAUUGCUCAGGUCGUGUCGUCCAUUACCGCGUCUCUGCGUUUUGACGGCGCCUUGAACGUGGAUCUCACGGAGUUCCAGACAAAUCUCGUGCCUUACCCGAGGAUCCAUUUCCCUCUGGUCACAUACGCUCCUAUCAUCUCGGCCGAGAAGGCGUUCCACGAGCAAUUGACUGUGUCUGAAAUCACGAAUGCGUGUUUCGAACCAGUUAACCAGAUGGUGAAGUGCGAUCCCCGUCAUGGAAAAUACAUGGCGUGUUGCAUGUUGUACCGUGGCGAUGUGGUUCCGAAAGACGUGAAUGCUGCCAUUGCGGCUAUCAAGACCAAGAGGAGCAUCCAGUUCGUCGACUGGUGUCCAACUGGUUUCAAGAUGGAGCUGGACGUCGAAUCUGGGUCCACGUCGUCGUCGGGGCUGUUGGCAGCUGGAGGGCCCGGACCCGACACUGACCCCAAUUCGACAAAAGGGCCUAACUUUACCGAAAAGGUCCGGCUCUCGAAUCAAGCGUGUCAGAAUGGCGACUACAAAACCGCAGUAAUGCUUUAUUCGGAAGUAAUACAGAUGGACCCUCAGAAUCACAUCUUGUACUCGAACAGAAGCGCCGCUUUAGUGAAGAUGGGGCAGCAUCAGCAGGCCUUGAAAGAUGCUGUGAAAGCACGAGAAUUAGCUCCAACUUGGCCAAAAGCAUAUUACCGACAAGGGGUUGCAUUGCAAUGUCUUGGUAAGCAUGCGGACGCCUUGGCUGCUUUUGCUUCUGGCUUGGCACAGGAUCCAAAAUCAUUGCAGUUGCUUGCCGGAAUUGUGGAAGCUGCCAUGAAAUCACCUCUUCAAGCCACGGUCGAGCCCACGUACCGACAACUAAAAGCCAUGCGGCUGGAAAAGUCUCCGUUCGUUGUCAUAUCCAUGAUUGGGCAAGAACUGCUGGCUGCGGGUCAUUACCAGGCGGCCGUGGUAGUGUUGGAAUCUGCUCUGAGAAUCGGGACAUGCAGUCUCAAGUUGCGUGGAUCCGUUUUCUCCGCCUUGUCUUCUUCCUACUGGGCUCUUAAUUCGUUGGACAAGGCGCUCAGCUACAUGCAACAGGAUCUUGCAGUUGCCAAAACACUUGGUGACAUUGCUGGAGAAUGCAGGGCUCAUGGCAACCUAGGUUCCGCGUAUUUUUCAAAGGGAUGUUUCCGAGAAGCAUUGACUGCUCAUCGAUAUCAACUAGUUCUCGCCAUGAAGUGCAAAGACACCAGAGCUGCCGCUCAGGCGCUCACUUCUCUUGGGCACGUGUACACGGCUGUGGGUGACUACCCAAAUGCAUUGGCCUCGCAUAAGCAAUGUGUUCAGUUGGUGAAGCAAAUGGGAGAUAAGGUGCAGGAGGCUCGCGAGAUCGGCAACGUGGGCGCUGUUUAUCUCGCCAUGGGAGACUUCGACAAUUCCGUCCAAUGUCAUAUGGAGCACCUUCGAAUUGCCAAGGAACUUGGUAACCGGGUUGAGGAGGCUCGAGCCUACAGCAAUUUAGGAUCGUCUCAUCAUUACAAGAGAAACUUUGAGCAAGCCAUAACAUAUCAUAAUCAUGUCCUCCGCCUGGCUCAAGAAUGUAAAGAUAAGGCCAUUGAAGCCCGGGCGUACGCGGGUUUGGGUCAUGCUGCCCGAUGCAUGGCUGAUUACGCGCAAGCGAAGAAGUGGCACGAAAGGCAACUCGACAUGGCUUUGAGUACCAAGGACAAGAUUGGAGAAGGACGAGCGUGUUCAAACCUGGGGAUAGUUUACCAAUUAAUGGGUGAUCAGGAUGCUGCUUUGAAGCUUCACCAGGCACAUUUGAAUAUUGCCAAGGGACUCGGCGAUCGGGCCGGUAUGGGUAGAGCAUAUGGCAAUAUUGGUAAUGCUUACAGUGCGAUGGGUUUCUACGAGCAAGCCAUAAAAUAUCACAAACAAGAACUGACCAUAUCGAAAGAGGUUAACGAUCGGAGUUCGGAGGCAUCGACUCAUGGAAACUUGGCGGUGGCGUACCAAGCGUUGGGAAUGCACGAGAUGGCCCUACUUCAUUACCUCAGCCACUUGGGGAUUGCCCGAGAACUGCGGGACACUGCUGGGGAAGCGUGUGCGUUGUGCAAUCUGGGAAACUGUCAUAGUUCCAGACGGGAGUUCGAUUCGGCUGUGCCCUAUUAUGAGCAGUAUCUGAUGUUGUCGCAAGAGUUGCAUGAUAUUGAGGCAAGUUAUCUGUCAGAAGCUAUUCGAUAUUACGAGCAGGAUUUGGCAUUAGCCAAAGAUUUGCAGGACAGGAUGAGCAUGGGAAGGGCGUAUUGCAAUCUGGGUUUGGCUCACCUGGCCUUAUCUGACUUCGACAAGGCGCUAGAGUGUCAAAAGUAUUUUCUUGCCAUUGCACACAUGAUGAAGCACUUGGCAGGAAAAUUUCGGGCUCUUGGGAAUAUCGGAGACGUUUUAUUAAAGAUGAACAAUUAUGAGGAGGCUGUGAAGAUGUUUCAGAAGCAGUUACAGUUGGCGAAACAAAGCGGUGAUCGGUCAUUGGAGGGUUCGGCUUUCGCUGCCCUCGGUCUCGCUCAUCGUCAACUUCGCCAGUAUGACAAAGCACUGGGUUUCCACACUCAGGAAUUGACGGUAUGGCAAGAGUUGAAUGAUGUGAAAAGCGAAUGCAAGGCCCACGGAAACCUGGGAGCAGUACAUAUGGCCCUGGGCAACUACACAAACGCCAUGAAGUGCUACGAAGAACAACUGGAACGUGCUAAAGAUCUCGGCGACGCGCUGGUUGAAGCCCAGGUGCUGGGGAACCUCGGAAUCACGCGUCUCAACAUGAGCCAUUUCGAAGACGCGACGCAGUAUUUUCAGCGUCAGUUGUCGUUGUUGGAUCGUGUCCCUGCGUCCCUGGUUAGGUUGGACAAGGGUCGUUGUUUGGGAAACCUGGGAGAUUGCUUCGAGGCUUUGGGAGAGUACAAAAAGGCCAUUAAGUGCCAGGAGCAGUUCUUGGACUUGGCCGUGCAGAUGCAGAGCAGUCGAGAUCAAGAGCGUGCAUAUUGCGCUUUGGGUUCAGCGCAUAAAUCUCUAGGAAAUUUGACCCAGAGUUUGGUGUGCUACGAGAAGCGGCUUGUGGUUUCACACGAAUUACUAUUGCCUGGCAGCAAAGGUAGCGCCUACGGAGACCUGGGUCAAAUUCAUUGCUUAUUGGGCAACUAUGAGCAGGCCAUCUCCUGUAUGGAACAUCAAAUGUCUAUUGCAAGGGAAACUGAGGAUCAAGAGGCGGAAGCUGCGGCCACAGCUGGCCUCGGGAUGGUGUACCAUCACAUGGGCGACUACCAAACAGCAUUGCAAUACCACGAACUCGACUUGAGGAUUUCUGAGACAAUCGGGAGCGGCUCUGGACAAGCCAGAGCUUACUCGAACGUCGGUGCGGCCUACGAAUGCAUGAAGAACUAUGAGCAGUCACUCGCUUUCUUCAAGCAAGCUUUAUCGAUAUCGGUGCAAAUGAACCUGAAGCAACUCAAGACGAAAUCCUUCGGCGCGUUGGGAAGAAUCCACCUGACCAUGCGGAACUUCGGACAGUCGGUCGCGUAUUUCCACCAAGGUCUGAGUUUGGCAGAAUCGGGGGCAGGUUUGGCGAGGGAAGAAGAGGCUCGACUGCGGCAUCGAUUGGGUGUCGCCUUGUGGAAACACGGAGAUCGACAAGGAGCUGCGAGACAACUCACGGUGGCGGCUCAGCUUAUAGAGAAUAUUCGGCGACAGCGGCCCCAUCUGGUGAAAACAAAGCACAAGACGAAGUUGGAGACUGGUGUAGUCAGCAGUGACAACGCACUGAGUUUGUUUGAAGAACAGACUGCUUGUUACCAGACCUUGCAGAGAAUAUUGAUCAGCAUGGGAAACCAUGAAGAAGGUCUCGUGGUGUCGGAGAAGUGUAGGACGCGAGCCAUGGUCGACACUCUACACAAAUGUGCGGGUAAUGGACCACGAGCCCAGAAGUACGACGAAAACACGCCUUUGACGAUGGAUGCGAUCUUGGAUGUGGUCAAUAAACAAAAGGCUACCGUUUUAUACUUCAGCCUGAUUGGAGAUGAUCUCUUUGCGUGGCUCAUCGUGCCUCACCGUGGCAUUACCAAGUUUCAUCAGGUGAACAUUAGAGACAUGGCGCUGGAAGAAGAACCCGACGAAGAAAACCAAGUCGAGGAAGGAAAUGGUCUUCUGUGGCCCGUUGGUGAAUCGUCCUGUUUUUACAAAUAUAUUCAAAAGGUUCAAGAGUCGUUGGGCGUGGACAUGGGUGCGUACCGAGAGGACUGUUGGUCAGUAGACGAACACGCGGACCAGUCUGAACGUCCACCGGUUUUCCUCCGAAUGCUUCGCGGUCAUCAGUUUAAUUCAUCCAACUAUUCCUUGUCGAGCUUGUUCAGCUUGGGCAGUGUGAAUGGUAGCAUCGCGAGCGGGUCUGCUAGUACCUGGUCUCAGCAUCAGGGUGCGAUGUGGCAGGGACCAGCGUGUCUCCACGCCCUCUAUGAAAUGCUGGUGUCACCGUUUGAGGCCCAAUUGCCGUCCAACAACUCGCAGCCGCAGGAGCUUGUUUUGGUUCCGGACGCCGACUUGUUUCUGGUUCCGUUUUCUGUGCUGCGAAGCAGCGGCGGCGGUGCAGGCGGAUUGGCCACGACGGAAUACCUGUGCGAAAGAUUCAGCCUCAUUUCUGUGCCGUGUUUGACGGCACUUCGUCUCGGACAAAGGUCUCGUCAUUCGAAGCCGUCGUCGGAGAUCAAUAAUGCCCUGGUUGUCGGAAAUCCCCGGUUACCGUCGCAGCUUGCCGAUCGCUUCGGUUGGCACGACAUUCCGUACGCGGAACAGGAAGCCAAUAUUGUUGCUGAGAUGCUUCAAACAGAAGCGCUGACUGGAGCUCGAGCGACGAAAGAAGCCGUUCUGAAGCGAUUGGGUGACGCGGAGUGUAUUCAUCUGGCGACGCAUUUGUCUUGGAAAUUUUCCGCAAUUGCUCUGACGCCUGGCGAAUUCUUGGACUCUCCGUCUUCGCAAAAACAGAUGCAGGACGAUGAAGAACAUCACGCCGCACUGGGACCGAAUGCGAUGGCUGACUGUUUACUGAGCCCUGCCGAUAUUUUGCAGCUAAAACUCUCCGCAAAGCUCGUUGUGGUGAGUUCUUGUCACACUCGUUACCAAGGCGUUCAGGCCAACAUGAGUGCAGAAGAGCAAGAAGGAAUGACUUGCGAUGCGGAAGCCAAUCACAGUGUCACUACGGAAGGCAUGAUGGGUGUGGUGAGAGCGUUGUUGGUAGCAGGUGCGCAGUGCGUUCUGCUCGCGCUUUGGCCCGUACCCGACACCCCUGUCAAGAUCCUGUUUCGAACUUUCUAUUCAUCUCUGCUGCAGGGAGCAAGAGUGAGCAGGGCUCUGAGUGAUGCUAUGAGAACGGUGCAUCAUACGAAGCACUUCGCGCAUCCGGCCAACUGGGCAGGGUUUGUGAUCAUUGGAACAGAUGUGAAACUGACAAACAAGGUUGCUUUGAUGGGCCAGGCUUUAUGCCAACUGCUGGCUUAUCCCGACAAGUGCAGAGAAGCAAUCAAGGUUACUCUGCAUUUGGUGGAGAAAUCCUUGCAAAGGAUAAUCAAAGGCUAUCGCAAUGCCAUGUACACCACUCAAUCCUCGAUUGAGAAAAAGGUUGGAGAAGGCGUUGUGGGCUGGAAAGAUCUGCUGAUUUCGGUCGGAUUCCGAUUUGAACCACCUGCCAAUGGAAUUCCUACGUCUGUGUUUUUUCCUCAAUGUGACCCUGGAGGACAGUUGACACGAUGUAGUGCCAGUCUCCGAGCACUGCAUGGUUUGUCACCUAACUCGUUGAGAGCAUUGUCCAAAUUGCUUUCGAGUCCGGAAUCUGCCGAAGACAUAAUAUCUGUGAUGCGAGAAGCCGUGGGGCAGAUGGCCUUGAGGGAGAAUGGAAUGAGCAGCAAUGUCCCUUCAUCUUCGGCUUCUUCAGUGGGCGGGGAUUAUUCUGACCCGGGUUCACUAGUUGGGCCUGUGAUUCAAGUACAUGUUCCAGUCAACUUGCUCCGCGUGCCUGGCUGUCAUGACUUGUUUGCGUCGAUCGGAUUUGAUCUUUUGGAAAUUGGAAAAUCCGAAGUCGUUCUGCAAACUGGGAAGCAAGCGAACAAGAGAAGCAUUCAGUUCGCACUUCAGGCGCUCCUCGCAUUGUUCGAUACUCAAGAAGCGCCAAAGAGUUUGAGUUUGGACGAUUCGAGCAGUAUGUGCAGCCUGGAUUCGAACAUGUCUGGCAACGAGAUGAGUGACGGCGAGGGUUGCAUGGACGACGAGGAACAAGUGAGUGUCACUCCACCACCACCACCUGGCAUGCCGUUGGUGGCGCCAGUGGCGCACAUGCACCUCCACCAACCCAAUCAUCCUUUUCCACCCGCUGCAUUGAGCAUGAUGGGUUACAUGACUCCGCUGGUGGCCCAGGCCGGGCUGCCUACUCGUGGUGCUGCACCUCAGCCACAGUCGUUCAUUGGUGCAGCCAGUGCAGGGAUGCCCUUGAUGGGACACGGGGCCUUUUCGUCGUACGUGAAGAACCGUGGGGAACCUGAUGGACGACAAGCUGGUGUUGGAGAGACGAGCAGUGGCGGCAAGAGAAGCGAGAGUGAUGCCAAUUUCACCCCCAGUCCAAUCAUGGAUCCAGCGAGGUAA